AUGGCAAUCUCACAGCAAGGACCCCUCCCCGUCAUCAUCGUCGGCGCGGGUGUCAGCGGCCUGCUGCUCGCGCAGUAUCUCCGCAAGAAUAACAUCCCCUACCGCAUCUACGAGCGCGACACGGACCUCACGACCCGCGGCGUCGGUUGGGGCCUGACGCUGCACUGGUCUCUCCCUGCGCUGCGAUCCCUGCUGCCGGACGACCUCGUUGCGCGGCUGCCCGAGGCCUAUGUUGACCAGGCUGCCGUCGCGAGGGGUGAGGCGUCGGCGUUUCCCUUCUUCGAUUUGAGCACCGCCGAACUCAAGGGCGCCAGCCCCCGCGCACCGGAGAGUCUGAGGAUCAGGGUCACGAGGGAAAGAUUGCGCCGUUUGUUGGCUACGGAUAUCGAUAUUCAGUGGGGGAAAGGCUUCACGAGAUACGAAGAAAAUGAAACCGGAGUAGCGGUCUACUUUGAAGACGGCACCUCGGUGGCCGGUCGCGUGCUUGUUGCCUGCGACGGGGGGCCAUCCCGUGUCCGGCGCCAGCUCUUCCCGGAACAGCACGAAAGACACCGGAUCCCGGUCCGGGUGCUUGGCCUCAAGUUGCAGUUGACUCCCGAAGAGAUGGAGCCGAUCCGGAAGCUCGACCCCUUCUUCCUGCAAGGUGCAUCAUCUCGGAACGAUACGUUUCUUUAUCUUAGCAUGCUCGACGCCCCUGGAAACAACGACGAGAGCACGGGCGAGUACAGCUGCCAACUGUGCGUCUCAUGGCCGGAUCGCCCGGGCUUCCUGGGUAAGCCGGAGCCGACCGGCUAUCCGAUGACGGACGCCGGCAAGGUCGAGCUCAUCAGGUCGUUUGCCGAAGGGUGGUCGCAGCCGUUUCGUUCCCUUGCACUCGGCAUUCCCGCUGACACUGACGUGAAACACCUUGACCUCUACGAUUUCCCUCCGCCAAAGGGUUUGAGGUCCAAAGGGAGGGUCGUGUUGAUGGGAGAUGCCUUUCAUGCGAUGGCGAUGUACAGAGGCGAGGGUGCUAACCACGCCAUCCUCGAUGUUCUCGACUUCGCAGAGACCGUUGGGCCCAAGUUGAGCGGUAGCAACAACAAUCUCGCAAACCUUCGAGCCGUUCUGGAUAUUUACGAAGAUACCGUGGUCUCCAGAGCCCGACCCGGCGUGUUGGCGUCGCGGCGGGCCUGUAUGGAUGCGCACGACUGGCCCAAGAUUAGCCCUACGAGUCCUCUUCUCAGCAAGCGGGAGAUGAAGCUUCAGUUUGAUGAAGAGUAA